AUGGACCUCCCGGCGGAGGAUGGGGCUGAGGCACCCCAGGAGGGGAACCCCGAGGCUGAGGGGCCCGAGGGGUCGCAGCGCCCGGCGGGGCAGUGGUCGGGGGUCGAGGUGGGCUCGUGGCUGGCGGCGCACGGCGGGGCGGCGGAGCUGGCUCGGGAACACGCCCUGACGGGCCGGGGGCUGCUGCGCCUGACCGAGGGGUCCCUGCGGCGCAUGGGGGUCGCCCCGCGGAGCCGGCGCCGGGAGCUGCUGCGGGAGCUGCUGCGGCUGCGGCUGCAGCAGGAGGUGCGGGAGCUGCGGAGCAUCGCUGGUGUCCUUGGUGGGAGGAAAAACUUCUCCCACCUCAGUCCCUUUGUCACGGUGGUCGACGGAGGGUUUGUGGUGACCACCGAGAAGGUCAUUCCAGAGAGGAAGCCCAGCCAGAGUGAAGAUGAUGUCCCUGUGGAUGUCCCAGAGCCCGUGGGAGCAGAGGAGAUGGCAUGUGAGGACAAAGCAGCUGGGACUGAGCAAGACGUGCAGGAACGGUGCUGA